AUGGGUAAGAAAAAAGGCUACAAGAGGGGUAGUAGCAGCAGCAGUAGUAGUAGCAGUUCCAGCAGUAGUUCUGGCGGUGGACACAAUCCUUAUCGAAUAGAAAAGCGUCGUGCGAAGUUUAGAAGAAAAAUGAUGAAAAAAAAUCGCUGCAUCUGUGGAUAUUGUCCUGUUGGUGUUAUGGCCUGUGAUCAAAACUUCGUAAUGAGAUAUCAGCAUGGGAAAGGUCAUGGAUAUAAUAAUAUGCAUGGCUGGGGUACAGGGGUUAAACCAGGCGGCUACAACCAUUCAAUGAAACAUCAAUACCCAAAUCAGCCUGGAAUGUAUCCCCAACAGCAACCUGGAGUAUAUCCUGCCCCUGGAAUGUCAUGUCAACAACCUGCAGCAUAUCCUCAGCCUGGUAUGUUUCCCCAACAGCAACCUGGAGUCUAUCCUGCCCCUGGAAUGUCAUGUCAACAACCUGCAGCAUAUCCUCAGCCUGGUAUGUUUCCCCAACAGCAACCUGGAGUCUAUCCUGCUCCUGGAAUGUCAUCCCAACAACCUCCAGCCUAUUCUCAACCCGGAAGUAUGCCCGGAGCGAAUGCGUUUACUCAACCGGGUAAUCCGCACAAUCAGCCUUAUCCUCCAUAAUUAGUUAUAUGGUUGCAACAUGUAAGUUAUCUACGCGUAGAUAGAUACUGAACUGAGCACACUUAAUACCUUUUAAUCCAUAUAUUCCCCAGUUUUUCGGCAUUAAUAUUUGUUGCCCUAGUGACUGAUCGUUUUUUAAUAGUUAUCUGAUCAAAUCGAUAUUUUGGGCAUUGACGUGCUACUAGCAACUAGGUGUCAUUGGUUUAGAGUUUACAUACGAUAUUAUUGUCCUUCUAGGCAAAGUUAGUGACAAAAAGUGAGACGUCUUAACAACACACUGAAAGAAUAUCUGAGUAUGUGUAGAUUGCAGUUGACUUCUAUCGAAUAUAACAUUGUGCUUUCAGGGCUGGCUCACGUUGUCUCCCACUGAGGUGUCUAUUGCUGUUGUCUCUGAAAACAUACAGAAGACGUGUUCAUCACUUGCCAACUUGUAACAUCUGACACUUGUACUGUGCUGUCAGUUUGAUCAUCCUUCCCCACGCCCCCCCGGCCUUUGUUCUAUUUCCUGUCUUAGGCAAAGAAAGCAAGAUGGUAAGUUGAGUUUUAUGCAUAUAGAGUGUGUGUGAGUCAAUAUGUAUGUCGACGUUUUGAGGCUACAUCUCUUCAGUUGGCUAGUAAAAGGUGUUAUGCCUUGCAAAUCAUUUUAUCUCUGGAAAAGUAAUGUUAUUCGGAAUACAAUCAAUUAGAUUUAGAUUUAAAGUAAGGUGAGGAUGAUUUCAGACAAAAAUAUACACCAUUCCCUUAUAUUCCCAGUGGAACAUGUGGCUGGCUUCAACAACACUUCUCCACCUUCUUUCAUUUCCUGCCAUCCUCUUCAGCUGGCUUACCCCACAAUUCCUCAUAAUCUCUCAUCUCUUCCAUGUCACCCUCACACCAACGAACCAUUCGUCGCUUCCCAUUGGUUCUUCUUCCACUCGAGUGAUGGAUGGCCUGCAUUGCGCACGAUAUCACUCGACGAUCUUCUCAAUGUUCACCCUACUCAUUUCCAUUUUCGCCUACAUAAUUUGUUGAGCCAUCGGCUCUCGCGCCUGUUGGUUUUGUUCCACUGCAGAGUUUCUUACUAAUUCUUUCUAGCCAUUUGAUCUUCAGUAUGGAACUAGCAGAGGCAGUUGUUGACAAAGGUGUGCAACCAGCUGUUGGAAAUCCUUUUCGCGACGCACUCUUCAAGUUUCUGACCUCUGUCUGUCUGUCUGUCUGGAUUCAGCAUAGAACUCGGCACCGAAGUGCACCAGUUCGAGUUGCCACGUUCCAAUUGGCACACAAGGUAGACAAGAAGAUGAGUGAA